AUGCGCUUGACCGUCGAGCUCAUCCAGAAUUCCCUCUCAUACAUCAACCCACUCAAAGACCGCGAGCUGGACCUCCGAGGGCACAAGAUCCCGGCAAUUGAGAAUCUGGGUAUUGCAAAGGAUCAAGAUGCGAUCGAUUUCACGGACAACGAUCUCUCUUCCCUCAGCAAUUUCCCAUUCUUCCCUCGCCUCCACACUCUUCUUCUUGCUCGCAACCGGAUCAAUCACAUUCAACCCAAUCUGGGAUCAUCAAUUCCAUCGCUUACGAACUUGGUCCUGACUUCGAACAAUUUGUCUGAAUUGGCGGACGUUGAGGCGCUGCGCACACUCCCCAAGCUCACGCACUUGGUUCUCCUGGAGAAUCCCAUCACACGAAAAGAGAACUACCGGUAUUGGAUCAUUUGGUUGGCUCCGUCCGUUCGAUUCCUCGAUUACCAAAAGGUCAAGGACGUGGAACGCGAAAAGGCCAAGGAGCUAUUCGGAACCCUUGAGCAGCCCUCUGCGCUCGCUUCAAAGACCAUGGGUAUCAAGUCCCGGGCCUUUGGUCCCACGAGCGCUGCCAUGACGCCCAGCCAGACAGAUCGGGCGAUCCGAGUGAAACUCACCGAUGCCGAGCGUAAGCGCGUUGAGAAGAUGAUUCGGGAAGCGAAGAGCCUACAAGAAAUUGCACGGUUGGAGAAGGAAUUGAAUGAGGGCCGGAUACCGGGUGGUGCACUCGGAGCCAGUGACACCGAUGGAGAUGAGAGGAUGCAGAUGUGA